UCCCAAAUCACUCCCCAUCCAUUACUUGGUCGUCGAUUGCGCCUUUGUUCUUGUACCACAACAACCUACCUUCAACGCCGCAAUCUUCACCAAAAGGCGAUAACCGAUGGCCACGAGCUAAUCGAAAAUCAACACUCAUCAACCAUCACGCUCGUUUCUUUGAAUUUGUUUUCCAGUCGCUCGCUAUUGUCAGCCCACCAUCAUGUUUUCGACAUUACCACGGCUCGCCGCCGUCGCCCUUCUUGGGGUUGACGUCGCAAAUGCCGUCUAUAGUGUCGCGACAGUCGCCGACAUCAAACAGACAUCAGCCGACAUCGCAUUCGACAUGAUGCAAUACUACAAAGGAAACUUGUCGGGACAAACACCAGGAAUCCUCCCCGGCCCUCCUCCAGCCGGUGAUUACUACUGGUGGGAAGCAGGUGCAAUGUGGGGGGCUUUGAUCGACUACUGGAGGUUCACUGGCGACGAGUCAUACAACAAGGUUGUCACCCAAGCCCUCCUCUGGCAAGUCGGUCCAGGACAGGACUACAUGCCACCCAACGUUACGGCAUCCCUAGGGAACGAUGAUCAGGGCUUCUGGGGAAUGUCGGCCAUGACAGCCGCCGAAAACAAUUUCCCCGAUCCACCACCCGAUCAACCACAAUGGCUGGGCCUCGCUCAGGGUGUCUUCAAUACACAAGCAAACCCCGAUAGGCACGACGAUACCUGCAAUGGUGGUUUGCGCUGGCAGAUCCCCCCGAUUAACAACGGAUACGACUACAAGAACAGCAUUGCCAAUGGCUGCUUCUUCAACCUCGGCGCAAGACUGGCGCGCUACACCGGCAACCAGACAUACGCCGACUGGGCCGAAAAGACGUGGGACUGGAUGAGGGGUGUCGGGCUCAUGGACGACGACUAUAACAUCCACGACGGCGCCCACGUCGAAACGAACUGCACCGAUAUCAACGGUGCUCAGUUCUCCUACAACUUUGGCGUCUUUGUCCUCGGCGCCGCUCACAUGUACAACUACACUGACGGCUCCCCCGUCUGGAAGGACCGCCUCGACAAGCUCGUCAAUGCCACGCUUGUCCGCUUCUUCCCCGACGGGAUCGCCUACGAGCCCGCCUGCGAAGACGCAAUGAGCUGCACAACCGACAUGCUCUCCUUCAAGGGCUACGUGCACCGCUGGCUAGCCACCACCACACAAAUCGCACCGCACACGGCCCCCGUCAUCCUCCCCGUGCUGAAAACCUCGGCCGAAGCCGCCGUCCUGACUUGCACCGGCGAGCAAAACGGCCGCACGUGUGGAUUCAGCUGGAAGAAGAAGAAAUACGAUGGCAGUCAUGGCGUGGGACAGCAGAUGAAUGCCUUGGGAGCGGUUUCUUCCUUGUUGGUUGAUCAGCCGGGCAAAGCACCGGUGACGAAUAGUACCGGUGGAACGAGUAAAGGAAACCCGAAUGCGGGGAGCAACAGUGAUAGCUUUAUGCAUAGUAAGCCGAUGACGACGGCGGAUAAGGCGGGCGCCGGCAUUGUCACAUUUUUGUUGUCGGCUUCGGCGUUGGCCACGUUUGCGUGGAUGGGCUUUGGUAAGUAGGAAGGCCGGGCCCACCAGACGAGGGAGGAACGUCGGCAGACGAGGAGGAUUCUGGUGCCGAAGGGGAGGUUGUUGAGGAAGAAAAGGGAUGGGAGGCAGAUUGGGAGUGAUGAUACUUUGGUUGAAGGGGAGAGUGUGGGGAGGGUUUAAGGAUAGGCGGGUGGAUGGGUGGCAGG